AUGCAGGCAGCAAUGACAUACAUGUUUGGGCAUCUGCAGGGUCUAGGCAAUCUGCCGUGGCAUGAAUCGGAGUUGCAUAGCAGCCAGAUGUUAGGUAACCCCUCAGUGUCAGUCAAGGUGUCUAGUUACAUGUGCAGCUUGCGGCGCCACAAGGUUCAGGCAGGCAAGGUUGCAAUCAGUGCUCGCACUAUCACCCCACAGCAUAUUCUGAAAAGAAUGUAUCACUUUAACCAUCACCCUGAUAACUGGGCUAUCCUUGAUUACCGGCCUGGAGGAUGUAGUGAUGGCUCUAGUGAGUCAUUGCGGUGGGCUGGUGGACGCAUCAGGCGUUGCUUGCAUGCUGCUUACACAAUAGCAUUUCUUUGUAUGUUACACUCUGACGAAGUCCUGAAAAUACAGCUUCACGACCUUCAUUUCUUUUCUAAUGGUCUUAUUCUGACACUUCCAUUCAGGAAAACACACCAAAAUGGCGAAGAGCACCUAUGUGCCAUUCAAGCUAUUGCUGAGUGGAUUGCAGCCUCUAAAAUUCUGACUGGUUAUUUAUUCCGAAAGUUUGCUUCAGGCGAUCGAAUCACAGAAGCCAACCAGCCUUUGACAUCCGAACGAUUUUUAGAGUUGUUUCGCAACAAUCUCCUGGAUAUUGGGGUGGAUCCCUCAUCAUACGGUACACAUUCAUUUUGGUGUGGGGGCUGCCAGUAUCUGCACAUUGAGCGCCAGUGGCCGCUGCAUCGCAUAUGUGAAUGGGGAGGCUGGAGCCUCGAGUUUACUAACUUAAUGAUUGUCAAAUAUCUCAUCUCACACAAUGAUGAUGCCACAGAGCCUUGUGAGCAUUUUUUCAACCCUGACCGCAGCCCAUCUGUCAAGUGCCCACAUUGCGGAAGGUCAUGCCCAUGUGCUUGA